CACCUGCACCGAAAGAAAAAAAAAUCAAACCAACCAAAUGCAUUGCUGGAAUCUGUGAAGACGAAGAUGGCACAAAGAUCAGUAGCAAAAUUCCCGUAUCUUGGCUGCCCAAAACGGACAAUCCCAUCAAACGAACACUGUUGACAAUAAUGUUAAUAGAGAUAAAGUUUUGAUAAUGAAAUAAAAUUAUUAUAAAUGUUCUCGAUUGAGCAGUACUGCACGGAGUGGGCAAUUCAAAGGUCGCCAGGAGUUGGAGGAAGAUCAUUAUGGUGGUCGAUCCCAUGGGUUUGCGCAUAAAGACUACUGCGAUGUUGGUAACAACGCCUCAUAUUCGGAUUCCUCCUAAAUAUUCCGGUGCUUUGUUCUUCUGCCUCGGGACUUUUACCAGCGGUCCUCCACUGGUAGGGCUUCAAGAGGAGUUGAAGAGGAUAUAGUUGAUAUCUGAUACAAGAUGGAAGAUGUUCAGAGAUCCAUGGAAGCCAAGAUGCCAAUGUACGACUGCCUUAUAUUCGAUUUGGAUGACACUUUGUAUCCUCUAAGUUCGGGACUUCAAGCAGCCUGCAGGAAAAAUAUUGAAGUUUACAUGAGUGAAAAGCUCAAGAUUGAUCAAACUGAAGUUCCAACUAUGUGCUAUGAUCUUUAUAAGAGAUAUGGAACUACCAUGGCCGGUCUCAAGGUCUUGGGCUAUGAAUUUGACAAUGAUGAUUUUCACAGCUUUGUGCAUGGAAGUUUGCCAUAUGAAAACCUUAGACCUGAUCCAGUGCUGAGGAGUUUGUUACUGAGCACACCUCAGCGGAAAAUAGUAUUCACGAACUCUGACAAAGUUCAUGCUGCAAAAACAUUAAGCAGACUGGGCUUGGAAGAUUGUUUUGAAGGUGUCAUAUGCUUUGAAACACUCAAUACUCCUUCACCAACCUUUUAUAAUACUAAUGACUUGGAAACUCCCAAACUCUCUCCUGGAGAACGAACUUGUGAUAAUGUUUUGGAAACUCCCAAACUCUCUCCUGGAGAACUUGCUUGUGAUAAUGUUUUGGAAACUACCAAUCCCUGCCCAGUAAACGGUGGUAAUACUGAUGUCCUGAAAUCUCCUCUUAUUCUUUGCAAGCCUUCGUUGGAGGCAAUGGAAUUUGCUCUCAAAAUAGCAAAUGCAGACCCUAAAAGAACGAUUUUCUUUGAUGACAGUACACGUAACAUAGCAGUUGCGAAAGCUGCAGGUUUGCAUACUGUACUGGUAGGCACUUCUGUGAGGACAGAUGAAGCAGAUUUUGCUCUCAGAAGCAUUCACAAUAUAAAGGAAGCCCUGCCUGAGAUAUGGGAAGAUGGAGAGAAAUCUGAACUCUCAAGCCAAUCAAUUUCCAUAGAAACCGUAGUUGUUGCAUAGAACACAUUAUGCACAGCAUUUAUGAAAUGCUUGUGCCUAAGUGUUCUUAUAUUUAACAAAAAAAAUUACUGGUCUGCAACCUCCUGGGAGGUCUUAUUAGCUUAUAACUCUUACGUGAAAACACUAAUUACUAAAUUGUUUGGAAAGGCUUCCAAAUGUGUUUGAAGAACACUUUAUAUAUGCAUAUUGUUACUAAUUAGUAUUUUCUCUUACUAGUCCCUGUCUUGGCAGGGUAUUUGUAGGUUAUCUUUGACUUCCAGGAUGAAAAAAAAAAUCUUAUAUUCUAUAGUAA